AUGGACUUUUUUCGCCUUGCCGACAAGUCUCUGCCCAGUUUGCAGGAAGAGUGGCGACGAAGCGACGCGAACUUCAACAAAGCGGUAAAUGCCGCGCCGGGCAUCCGAGUGAUUCGUCAGGAUCCGGUCGAAUGUCUGUUUUCUUUCAUCUGCUCGUCGAACAAUAACAUUGCUAGAAUAAGCGGUAUGGUUGCCCGUAUGUGCGAACGUUUCGGCGAGGAGGUAGAAGUGAGCGGAGUCGCGGUUGAGGACAGGAACGAGCGCGCAAAGUUUUAUGACUUUCCAACCGUCGACAGAUUGGCUCAACAGGACGUAGCCGACAUCCUGACGCAACUGGGUUUCGGCUACCGAGCGAAGUUUGUCGCCGAAACGGCGAAGCUCAUCGCAAACGAACGUGGCGGCCAGCAAUGGUUGUUUUCGCUUCGGUUGUACCCGUACGACGUGGCUCGUCAACAGCUGUUUCAGCUACCCGGUGUUGGCUGGAAGGUGGCCGACUGCGUCUGCUUGAUCGGCUUGGAUAAGGCUGAAGCAGUGCCGGUCGACGUACACGUUUGGAAGAUCACCGUCGAGAAGUACAUGCCCGCAUUGAAGACUGUAAAGCAUCUCUCGCAAAGCGUCUAUUCUUCGAUAAUGUUUUUAGGCGCAUUCUACCGCGAUAAGUUUGGACCGUACGCCGGCUGGGCCCAUGCUGUUCUUUUUACCGCUGACCUUUCUGAACCGCUGCGAGCUAGAGAGAAACGAAAGCCCGUAAUGGACAAGGCGCCGUUGUCCCUUGUGACGAAAAACGUUGCUAAGAAGACAAAGACACAUCACUACGCUUAA